UUAAAGUUGUUAUCGCUCAAGAUAUAGAAAGGCACUUUGAGGUAUGUUUUCUUCGGUCAUCUUAAAGUCACAACAUUUAUAGUGUAAUGAUAAAAUAAGGCCUAUUAAUAUCGCACCUAACAAUUAACUUAAAAUGAUACACGUAUGUUAUUCAAAAAUAUAUUGUUAUUUGAGGGUAGGCUGGAAUAUGCAACAAAAAGUGUUCUUAGCAGUCAAGUUGUGACGUGAUUACGCGCUGGACGCAUAUAACGGUUGCAUUGUAAUAAAUUGCUGUUACACAAAGACCUCGUCCUAUAGUAAUAUUAACCUAGGAAAAUGGAAGUCACCGAUCAGAAUAAAGGCUCGAAAAAGUAUAUUUCAAAAAUACCUGUGCCAAAGAAAAGUUUAAAAAAGGACUCACGGCAGCCAUUGAAAACAUUAUUGGAUUUAGAUUCAAACGUCUCAACAAAUAUACAAAAUUCAAUCAAUGAAAAGAGGAAAGGGUUACGAAAAUCAAAUAGUUUUUCCAUAGCUGAUACGAGAUUUGUAACAGUGAGACACAGUGAAGAUGUUAAUCGGGGCUUCAGUGUUUUUAAUGAUAGCGAUAAUAAAGAAAAUGCCACAAAUAAAAAGGAGUUGACUCCAUCAACGUUGCCAAGGAACAACCGUGUUAAGAAUAUAAAGAAAAGUUUGAAAAGACCACACAGUCGAGAACUGCAAGGUGUGGUAUCUGUCGCCAGGUCUCUAUCGUUUACCGAAGAAGUUCUUAUUCCAAAGCGCCUUCUAUAUAACUCAAAUGUAAACACUCAUAUAUUUUCCUGUGAUGCGACGUGUAAUCGUGUUUAUGGAAUGGAUAUAUUCACAUAUUUAUUAGAAAAAGAGGAAAAGACACCGUAUCCAAAUUUCUUAAUUGUGAUAAAAAACCGGGCGUUCGCAUUGAAUUGGCUUGUAGAUAUAAACGGUACAGGUGACCCAGCCGUCAUUCAAACAGCAGCGUGGUACUUCGAUACAGUGUUGGCACUACGCAAGCUAAAAGACAUUGACCUUCCUGUCGCAAUAACUGCAUGUUUCUGGAUAUCAAGAAAGAUCCAUGGUAAAGUUUGCACAGCACGCGCACUUGUCGUGAAGUCUGGUGGCGUUUUUGAUGCCGAUCAUCUAUGUAUCGUUGAAAAAAGGAUUUUGCGCCUGCUGAAAAUUCCACGUCAGCCCGUUGUUCCUCAAGAAUUUAUAACAUAUUUAGCCUGGUGGUGUAACAAUCAGCACCCAGAGGAGAUUAUGUUGUCUGCCACAUUCAUAUGUCUUUGCGCAAUGACUCUUAAUCUGGAUAUGUGCAAUGAGUACCCUUCAGUUAUCGCUGCAGCGGCUAUCAGAACUGCAUUAUUAUUACUAAAGCAACAACAUUUGUCAGAGAAACUUCGAGGAUCUUUUGUGUACCAAGCUGCUAUAAUGAAAGACGACAAUAUAAUAGAAGUCUGUAUUGCACAAAUCGAAACCCUGAAAAUGUUAUUUACUGAUGAUUUUGAGUUUACCGCAACCAAAAAACUAUUUAAGAACGAUUUAAGUAUUUUAGAGAGAUUGAAGAAUGAAUUGAAUUAUUUGUAUCAUACAGGGGGUGAGGGCAUUGUCAGGGCAUUUUUAAUGUAUUAAUAUUAUAGUUCUAAAUGUAUAAAUUAUUAAUUGUUUUAGUUGGGUUAUUACCAUAGAUUUAAGAUAAUUAAUAAUUAAAGGUCUGCGUACAAUAUUUUUAUGAUAAGUCUUUGUUUUGCUAAUUUUAAAAGCAGAAAGCGACUUGUUCAAAAUCAAGGUAGAACUAGUUAUUAGUUAAAAACUGGUCAAAUGAUUAAAAGCUUUAGAAACACUAUUAAGAGUACCGACAUUUUAAAAAUGUAAUAAAUUAUAAA